GUGAGGUCUAGAGAACAAUAAUAAAUAAAUAUCAAGCAAUAUAAUUCAAGCAAUUAUGGAUAAAACUGAAACCGAGACAGAACCAGUGACGACAACUAUGGCAGACAAAGUCAAAGUACUCUCUAUCGGAGACCCGGACGAGGACGACGUGUCAGACUUCGUUAAAAAAGUAAUCCCUGUUGCUAUUGGUGCUAAACCUGAAUUGUUGACACAUCUUGCUAAACUUUUGUUGGGCACUCGGAAAGCUCCUGAAAUUGUCGACGAUUGGGAGUCGUUGGACUGUUUUAAAGCCGCAAAUAUUGAGCGGCCCAAUAAGCCCAAGCGCUAUGGAUUUUACUGUAACGGUAAAGAUAUUCCUCAUGUUCUGAUGAGUGCACGCACAUAUGAUGCCAAAUGGAUGUUUAACCGAGUCAAACAGCGGCUAAGUGAAGAAAAGUGGGUAUCAGAAAAUGUCAUCGAGACACCUUUCAAAAAUAAACCCAUAGAUAAGGAGUACAGCUACAAAGCUGCUAGCCAGAGCCCGUGGAGUUUACGAUAA